GUCGCGAUGUCUGGACGCUCCGCUCCGUCCGCAUGGCUCAUUUUAAUUACGUUAGCAACAAUAACAUAUCGGUCCGCGGGACAGCCAUUGGAGUUGAUAGCAUGCAGUCAGCCGGAUAGCUUCACGGUCCAAAUAACCGAAAACGAGAAUGUUGUUGUCUACGGUACCGAAUUAUUAAUCAGAUACAACCCACGCGCUGGGAUAUACGCACUCCCCGGCACUGACGCAGUGAACGUUGUCUUCAAUGAAUCUACCAUAGAAUUCAAAGGAUACAUGUCGCACGAGUAUCCGGCGACCCUACCGUGGGGAUCACCCGAGAGACUUUCUUGGACCAGCAGCGGUAUCAUUUUAGGUACCGGCAUGCUUCAAGAACUAAGCAAAGAGGAUUAUGCACUUCAAGAAUGUCGUUCAUUUUUGCCGAAGAAUAUCAACAGCAGCGUUAAUCUACCGUUUGCUGUGGAAGAUGAGAUUGCUAACCACGCUCGUUACUGCAUCGAAGAGUACCUUUGCAAAGGGCCGAUUCAGACAGAAGAACUACGAAGUAUCAAUAAAUACCACAGAUCUAAACUCGAUGUUUCCGCAUCUUACGCUACCGCUUCUGACGAUAUCCCACAACAGAAUUGCACAAAUAUAGAUAUUUUGAAUACGAAUGAACUCAUAGAUCUCGUUGUCAACACUGCUGUAAAAUAUGUCAGGAAACACAAUAAAUCUAUUAUUAUUUUCCCCGAUGUGGAUGAAGUAUAUAAAUUAGGACCGUUCGGUAUGAAAUGCCAUUUUCAAGCACUAAACGGAAGCUUCAGAGAUCUCUCGACCCUAAAGAGAACGGAAAAUACAUAUGUUUCCGGCAUGGGACGAACACACACAAUAAAUGUCGGCCUUGGGCUUUCCAUAGCUAGGUUUCACUUCGAUUAUUACAAGAUUAAAUACGGCUUUUUGGCACUAAAUGGCGAAAUAACGGGUACUAUUGAUGGACUAGCGCUAUCAAUAACUGCAGUCAUCGACUACGAUAAAGAUUGUCCUCUGAGAUUGAAACAUUUUAAAGUAACACGAUUUGGCGACAUUAAAGUAAAAAUGACUGGCUUAGGAGCGAUUAAUAGUGUAACGUCGAAAAUAUUAAGUUGGCUGACGAAUAUGUGGCGAAAAAAUAUCGCGAACCUUAUCGAAGUUAAUGUGAAACAAAAUAUCGAGGUACAACUAAACGAAAAGGUUUGCACUAGUUCUUUCAUAGAGGCGAUUGCAGGUUGAUAUAUUCUCAUAGAUAUGCUGUUAUA